AGCGUGGUGUGCCGCAAACCAGGAAGAUGAAGACAAGUGUGAUUUUACUCUUGGCAAUUCUGUUUGCAUGGCCCGAUGGGAGAGUAGCUGCAACGGCCUUGACGUAUUCAAUGGCGCCUCACGAACGGGCAUGCUUUUACACCCAAGCGAGUCGUGAAGGAGAAAAGAUUGGCUUUUACUUUGCGGUUCAAGCGGGCGGCUCCUUUGACAUUGACUAUGAAGUGACGGGCCCUGCAGGCAAUCGCAUCUUGAAUGGCCGCAAGGAACGGCAGGGCGAUUUCAUCUUUUCUGCCAAACAACCGGGCGAACAUGCCUUUUGCUUCUCGAAUACAAUGUCCACAUUUUCUCAGAAAACCAUCGACCUUGACAUUUCGUCUGAAAAUGAGUUUACUGUACUCAAGGCGACCGCAGAGCAACACGUUAAAGGUCUGGACGACAGCGUUGGUAACCUCAACGGUGCCCUCAAUGGAAUACAACGCAUGCAGAAAUAUUUCAGAACAAGGGAGAAUCGACACUUUGAUACUGUGAAAAGUACACAGGCGAGGAUCUUUUGGUUUGGUGGAGGAGAAGUUGCCCUUGUUGUUCUGGCAGGGCUGCUGGAGGUCUUUGUAAUUGAAAAGUUGCUCAACGGCAACCGUACCGUCAAUGUCGUGUUUUAGGAAUAUCCAUUACUGUCAUUGGAUAGAUUGCUUGUAUGGCUGACAUUUGUUCAUUCUGGCUGGUCGGUGUGUGGGUGUGCUAAUGUCAAAGCCAUGGCGCAGGUGGCUGGGCACUGGGUUGCUGCGCCCGUGAAAAAUGAAAAAACGAGUUGCCCCGCCAACAACAACAACCAAUCAAUAGGCCACUAAAUUUCCGA